GGUAACAGCCGACAUGUACACAAACAAUUUUUUGUUUCAUGCAUAGAGCACGGAUGUACUGUUUUGGUUUAAAGGAAUUUUCCAAAUCAAUUAUCAAAAUGAACAAACACGAAAAACAAAUAAAACAAAGAAUUGUCCAUUUAGACUUGAAAGGAGCACCACCAAAAAUGCAAUACCUUCUUCGGAUUAUUCCUUUAAUGAGACAGUGGGGUGCAACUGGCAUUUUGGUUGAAUAUGAGGACACAUUUCCUUUCAAAGAUGAACUGAGUUACAUUGCAAAAGAGCAGUGUUAUUCCUCCGAAGAUAUAAAAUCGCUGCAAGAUGUUUCAAAAACAGAAGGAAUGGAGUUUAUACCUCUUAUACAGACUUUUGGUCACAUGGAAUACGUGCUGAAACACAAGGAGUGCGCACAUUUGCGAGAGUUGAAAGAAAACCCUAUGUCUAUUUGCCCUAAGAAUGAAGAUUCGCUUCCACUCAUCAAAUCUUUGAUUGAUCAAAUCAUGGCAGAGCAUGAAGAUCUCAAAUACCUUCACAUAGGUGGAGAUGAGGUGUUUUGCUUCUGUCAGUGCAAAGCUUGUGUGGAAGCAUGUAAAACAAUAUCAAAGGAAAGACUGUAUACAAACCACAUGAUAAGCAUCAUCAAUUAUAUCAGCACGAAAUGGCCUGCUUUGCAGAUUCUGAUUUGGGAUGACAUGUUUAGAGAAUUUUCAAUUUGUGAGUUGGAAGAGCUUUCAGGGAAUGGCAGCAUAGUUAUCCCUGUUGUUUGGUCAUAUGUUGGCAAUCUGAAUGAUGUAUUUCCCAAUGGUAUGUUUGAGCGAUUUGGGGAAGCUUUUGAAGAGAUUUGGAUUGCAAGCUCUUUUAAAGGAUCUGCUGGACCUUCAUGUGACUGGACACCAAUGCCACAUUAUAUAAAUAAUCAUCUUUCAUGGCUGUCACUGAUAAACCAGCUGCCUAAAGAAACCAAAAAGAAAGUCAAGGCUAUUAUGGUCACUGGAUGGUCUCGAUACGACCACUAUGCUACUCUGUGUGAGCUCUUGCCAGCUGCCUUGCCAUGCCUUGCAAUGUGUCUAGCUGUUCUAAAAGAGGGCCUCUUUAAUAAGAGUAUUCACGAAAAGGUUUCAAGAAAUCUUGGAUACUUGCAAUGUUUUCAACUUGAGUAUAAGCCAUUCAUGCAACUGGAUAGCAACUGUGGAAAUUUUCCAGGCUCUGAAAUAAUUACUUAUGUUACGCACCUGGAGCACGCAAAGCAUCAUUUAAAGAUGGCAGAGGAAAGAAAAGAGUCUUGGAUGGACACAUGGCAUAUUGAAGUUAAAAAGGAUGUCAAUAUUUGUCACAUAGAAUUUGCCUGCACGAUGCUGAACUCUGCACUUCAGAUUUACGAGGGCAUUAGGAGUCCUUUACAAGAAUGUUUAUCCUUCCACUUUGAUUCAGAUACAGUUGAAGAAUUCAUUGUUGUUAAGGUGAACUCACAGGUUAAGAAAAUACUGGACCUUCUGUCUCUUAUGAGAUCUAUAAAGCAAAUGUGCUGUAAGAAUUUUGUUGCUGAUGAUCAAACAUAGCAGAAACCUGUGACGUUUUAGUCUGUCCAGUUACAAAGUAACGACACUAAUGCUACCUCCGAUCACGUUUGAAAUGGAAUAUUUUCAUCGUAACGAAAUAAGACCAGACAUUCGAGAGACAACAAGUUGUUAAAUGAUUGAAGUAUUGUGCUUUUCAUGGCAUCAUUUCCUCUUUAUUUUUUUUUAGAUGCAGAUAUCAACCCUCCUACAUAUUAGCCUCAAUCAAAAUUUAAUUGAAGUUAACAACUUCAUAAUCAAAUGCUAGGAUAUGCUAAAAUACUUUGUAAUUUGCUAAAAUAAGAUAUUUUUCCUGUCAAUAAUCAUUGAUUGGUUAGCAACCCUUAAGUUUUGUUCUGCUUUGUCUGUUUGUUGUCAUGUUUGAAAUCGAAUAUUGAAAUGUUUACGUAAUUUAAAUGUUAAGUUGAAAUAGCAAUAUUCCCAAAUCUUUUUGUUCUUGUAAUAGCUGUUACAAUUUGAAUAUUUAGCAAAAUUUUGUUAACUGUUUAUAAAAAUUUUUAUCUUUUGCUCAAACAAUCAUUUCUUAUUUGCAAGAUCGAAGGUUGCAUAUUAAUUAACAAUGAUAUUAAUGUUAGUUGUUCUUCUUGCUUCACCUCAAGCAAACAGCUGUCUUGCAUCCGACAGACUAAGAGCAUGGCCAUUGCUCUCAGGAGAUCAGAAAUAAGAUCUCAGGUCCCCUGGGACAUGUACGCAAUGCCAGACACUCAUUCAGUGCUCACCCUUUUCAAGUAUCAUUUGCCAAACUUAAGAGCUCUCUCCCACAACUCCUCCUUCCUACCUAGAUCUUGUAGACUUUGGAAUACUCUACCCUCUUACUGCUUUCAGAACCGUACAACCUGUUUCGGACAUGUCUCGGAUAGGAUGACGUGCUACUCGCAGCUCUGUGAAACCCGGACUGCAGUGGGGAAAGUGGCACUUGAUAUACUUCAAAAACAAAAAGGGAAUGUCAUAUAGGGUUGGAAUGACUGAGUGGAAAUGCUAACCCACCGAGCAGGGAAAAUGUCAAGAAAAGCGCAGUUUAGCGAGAAACAUGCACGCUGUGCCGAAGAGCGUUUAGGCCAUGCCAAGGAAUUGAAGGAUCCGGUAGAGCAAUCCAACCACCAAAUGCUUAAGGCAAUUUCAGAAAUCCUCGUCAGCAAAUUGGCUAGUUUAGCUACUAAAGAUGAUGUCAGUGAUUUAAAAAAUAUUUUUAAUCAACAGCGAUUGAAGAUCACAAUGCUAGAGGCCAAAGUUGUUCUUAUGGAGAAGUACGAACAGUGCAUCGUAGGUUUAGAAAAAGGAGCGUCUGAAAAUAAUGGUAGAGAAACUUAAGCUGAGAAACAGUUAAGUUGGGGACAAUGAGAAAUAUCACAGGAGGCUGUGCUUACGAAUUAAUUGUGUUGAACGGAGUGAGGGAAAUGAUGGAGAACCAGGCCAGGAAUUUUUCGAGAAGAUAAAAGACAUCUUGAAAAACGAUCCCUGAAAUGUCGAUAGACCGAGCUCACCGUAAUGGCCCUGUGAUAGAAGAUCCGGUCACCGGCAAAAGAUACCGUCAAAUUAUCGUUCGUUUUGCAACUUGGCGUCACCGCACGCAAGUAUGCAAACCAAGAAAAGCCGCCAAAAAAUUCAAAAUACGACUUGAUUUGACACGUAAACGGAUCAGUUGCUCACAUUAACUGCCUUUGCUGACAUUAACUUCAGGCUAUGUUUAAAGCUAAAUCAUGAGUAUUGCUACUUCUCUACUGAGCCAGAAUUACUUGAACGUAUUAAUCAAUCUAGACUCCUGCGUUAAGACUUGAACUCUUAAUUGCAAAUGUUCAGAGGUUCCUACAGCCUUCGUAAAGGGUAUGUGACUGGUGGGUUUUUUGCGAUACAGUUUUUUUAGCUUCAGUGAAUGUUUUGGAUAAGCAUCCUUUGUGUUUACAUUUCUAAUGCACGUUAGGCAUCUGUGUUUUGCUAGUAUGGAAUUU